GCCUGAAGCCCAAUAUGGUAUUGGGCUGAAGCCUAACAAAAAGGUACAGAUAAGUGGGCCACGUGGGGCUCUGAGUUUGCCGCUUAAAUAUAGUAUCAUCCGCGUUCCCGCCAAAGAAAAUUGGCGCCAUAUAGAGUACCCCUCUUUAUCUUGCCCUACCCAUUCAGAUUAUCAUUCCCGCUCUCUCCUUUCAACACUGAUAUUUAGCCCUAAACUCAGUCAAGCAAUUCCUCGAUCUCCAUUUUGGUGAUCUGUCUUUCUGAAUCAGAUCUUCUACCUCCCGCUGAGAGCUAGCCCUAAACUCAGUCACGCAUUUCGUCGAUCCAUUAUUUUGAUUUCUGAAUCAGAUCCUCUAGUUUCCGGACAAAAAUUUCAGCAACAGUAAGAAGAGCAUAUCUUUUAUUCCAAUGGAGUUGAGGAGUUGCAACAAUUUGCAUUUUAUCAAAGCUGCGAGAGGUGAUUUGGUACUAAAUACUCAGAAUGUGAAACCUGGAAGGCAAGUACUCAAAGUCAGGACGUUGGAAGACAUAUUAGACACUUUAGAUGCAAAAGAUCAGAAUCGGAUUGUCCCAAGCAGGUGUACUUUAGCAAAACGUGUUCUGAUAAGUGAUUUAGAUGCUUCUGAGUUUAGUUGCAGUGAUGACGAUGACGGAAGUAACAGUGACGUGGUGGAUAUUGGUUUUGGUGAGAUGACACUGAAGCAAAUUAAAGAGAACUGCAAAACAAAGAAAAGAAAACGUUCAAAGUUUGUUCAUUCCUUAACUGACGAAAGGUGCACCCGUUUCAAUUUACAGACCGAUGAAGACGACUGUGAUCUCAUGGAAACUCUCAUUACCUUGAAAUCAAAAGUUUCAAAGAAGAAAAAGCUGAAGGCGAAGGAGAAGGCGAAAGAGAAGGAGAAGGUGAAGGGUAAACGUCAAAGAAGUCUUGUCUCUAGUCAAUCUGAAAGUUCUGCAUCAUAUAUUAAAUUGGAACAAGACUUAAGUGAUCAAGAUGUCAUACAUUCUAAAGGAGGUUUCCCUGUACCCAUCACCGUCAAAGUAGAAGUUCCUGAAGUUGAAUCUGUAGAAAGCCCAUGCUCCAUCCUUUUUGCCAGUGAUUCCUCCUUGCUUUAUGAAGAUCAAGUGGAUUCUUGCGAGGUUUUACAGAGAGAAGCAACUAUGAUUGCGACGGACUAUGAUUGCAUCCAAGCACUGUGCUUAGAUGGCCAAAAUGCUAUCUGUUUCCUUGUGGAUUCUUACGGAGCAGUACACAGAAAUACGAUCGAGAUUACAGAAGAAUGUGAUCUGGAUAUUGUACCUCUGUGUUCUGAUAGACAAAAUGCAGUCUGUUCUUUUGUUGAUCCUUCUUUGAUUGAUGACAAUCAGAGGGAUACUCGUGGGGUGGAACUCGGGGAGACUGAAAUAGCCUUUGAAUGUGAUCGGGGAACUCAAAAAUUGAUUUACGCAACAGGAAAACCUGAGGAUUCUGUUGUUAGUGAAGUGUAUCGUGAGUUCUCGGAACAUUCCACUCCUGAGGCUCUUCAGGCUGUAGAAGACUCGGUCGAUUCUUGUGGAGUAGUACCCGAAAAAAUGACUGAUUCAGCAGCUCUUCAAUGUGUUCCAGAGACCCAGAUGUUGAUCUCUCCGAUAGAAGAACCACAAUUGUGUGCUCAAAAUGAAGCAUGCUUUGAUUACAUGGAAAAUCAAAGUCCUAAGCCAGUUCAGAAUCCAAGUGCGUCAUGUGACGAUAGUAAAAUGGUUGAUAUUUUAGAAAUAAAGAGUCAACAGUGCUCAGAAUUGUCUGUAUUAGAAUCUAUAGGAGAGGAAGGAGAACCUGUGUUGUCAACCAGUGAUUGUAGGCAUGUACUUGAUGGCAUUCCAAGUCCUUCCAGCAAUCAUGUAAUCCCAUGUAGCACAGACUGUAACAAGAAUGUUAAUCUCCCCUCUAUGGCCAUCCAUGGGUGCCUUCAGGACACUGAGUAUACCCACGAAAGUGAAGCUAAUGUACAAAGUGAAGACACCAUAGGUGAUACAGUUCAUAAUCUUAAAACCAGUCCUGAUAGGUGGGUUGCUCCGUCUAUUGAUGAAUCACCUACAAAUGACGAUAAGCAAUUGGGGGAGCUUGUGAUUUCAGAAGGUGAUGAGUCUUACUACCAAAAUUCAAAGUUAAAUCCUCCUCCUCAAAGGCUCCUGUCAACCAGAAAGGUUAUUUCUCCAGAUUCUCAAGAAAAAUUGUGUCAGGCUGUGGAGUCAAUUGAGUUACACGGGGAGGAACAUUACAGACCUAAGAAGAAACUAUGCUUUACACAACAGACCGAGAAGAAGACCAAAAUCUCGAAAGCUGAAAAGUCUUGUCAGGUUGCUAGAGUUAGAUAUUCAGCUAACCUUAAGCAAAACGUUGUGAAACCAAAGAACGAGAAGAGACUCACCCAAACCGAAGGUGACCAUAAGGGUCCUCAUCGUUCUAAUGUAUUCCCACGCUUUAGUACUGGGUGCACUUCCAUAGAAACUUGUUCGCAAAAUGCAAUUGCUUUCUCACAACGCCAGAUGCAAGACAUGGAAUGUCUUGCAACAAAGCUCACCAAUGAGUUAAAGACCCUGAAGGACAUUGUAGAAGAUAAAUUGCUCCCUGAAGCCGGUCCAGCAACGUCCUUUAAAUCUAAGCCCAGUGAGUUGAGAAUGGCCAUUAAGAAUGCAAACAAAGCGGAACAAUUAGCUCAAAGAUGGCUUUCUAUAAUGGCCAGGGACUGCAGCCGUUUCUGUAAAAUCAUGAGAUUGACUGAAAACGACUCUGGUGCUCCUGAACGUGAAACUACUGUAAACAAGGAGAAGAAAAAAAUAACGUUUGCUGAUGAAGCUGGGGAAGAACUUUGUCAUAUUAGACUUUUUGAAAAUGACUCAUCAUCGUUGGAACCGAAUACCCACGAAUUGGUAAAUAAAUGAAACGUUAAUACCCAUUUUGUUGUACAAUUGCCCUGGACCUGGAGCAAAUAAGUUCCAUUUCUAUGCUACUUUUCAGAUGACCUAUUCAAUAAUUCACUGUUCACUAUCCUUUUCCGUCUAAUACUUUGAUUUGUUAUCUCUAUUGUUUUCCAUUGAGAUAGGAAAACCCUGUACGUUGCUGUAGCCUGUAGUACUGUACCAAAGAAAAGUAAUAUACUGAAGCUUCUUAAC